AUGGCAUCCAAUCAACAAGAGAGACCCCGGCGCCCGAUUCGAAUUGGAAAUGCGUCGGGGGCGAUCGGUGACGGGAUAGACCAAGUCUUCCGCCUUGCUUCGUCCGGCGAUGUGGAUGCCAUCACUGCCGAUUACCUCGCCGAGUUCAACAUUGCCUGGAAGGCCAUCGAGCUGCAGACAAAUCCAGAACUUGGGUAUGAACCCAACUUCCUGGAACAGCUUGCGUGGGAGAAUGGUUCCGGCGCGAAAGCAGUUGCUCACAACAAGGUGAAGGUGGUCCAUGACGGCGGUGCUCUGAAUCCCAAGGGCUUGGCUGAGAAAGUAGACAAAUACUUCAAGUCUUUGGAUAUUUCAAACGUCAAAGUAGCCUGGAUUGAGGGAGACAAUGUCACCGAGCAGGUCAAAAGUAACAAGUUGGUCGGUCUUCGGCAUCUCGACCAAAAUGGUGUCACAUUCAACAACAGCGACGAUACACCUACACUUGCAGCGAACGUUUACACAGGCCAGGAGGGCAUUGUGAAAGCGCUGGAAGCCGGUGCAGAUAUUGUGAUAUGCGGGCGAUGCUGCGAUGCCUCCCCUGUCAUGGGUUUGGCGACUUGGUGGCACGGCUGGGGUCCCUCAGACUACGAUCCUCUGGCUGGAAGUCUUAUGGCUGGCCAUCUGAUCGAAUGCGGUGCCUAUGUGACUGGCGGGAACUACUGCGGAGCCAUGGAAGUUGCUGAGCUCCAUCAUGUCGGAUAUCCCAUCGCGGAAAUCUCCUUCGAUGGAAGCACUGUCAUCACCAAAUCUGAUGGAUCCAAUGGCGCGGUGACAGUCGACACCUGCACCGCUCAACUUCUCUACGAGAUCCAAGGCCACCGGUAUCUAAACCCUGACGUAACGGCAUUCAUUGGGCAAGCGAAGCUGGAGCAAAUCGGCCCCAGCCGCGUAAGGCUAUCAGGAAUAACUGGGCUUCCUCCCCCAGAAACAUCCAAAGUGGCUAUUUGCCAACUGGGCGGUUAUCAAGCCGAGAUAUCUGCCUAUGCUGCUGGGCUCGACACAGACUUCAAGUUCAAUCUCAUGAAACACCAGGUCCUUGGCCAAGUGAAUAUGGCAGACUUUUCAACUUUCAGCAUCGAAAAGUAUGGCAGCUCUCUCCCCGACCCGCGAUCUCAAAAAGAGUGUACUGUUCAGAUUCGCAUGUUUGCCCAGAGCCCCAACAAAGAGGCAUUCUCGCAGUUUCGAAGGGCAAUCUUCUACAACGGCAUGCAGGGAUAUUGCGGGCUGCAUCUUGGGAUGGAUUGGAGGACCAUGGAGCCGAAGCCUUUCGUCAGAUAUUUCCCUGCAUUGAUCAAUCGAAGCUUCCUCCCAGAUCUCUCUGUCAAGUUUGUGUCUGGAGAAGUCCUUUCUGUUCCUUCAAGAAAAAGAACGCCGAUCAAACCUGUUAAUUCAUUACCAAAGCCAGAACCCCAUCCCUCUAUGUUUGACACAAGCAAUGCCCACGCCGUGGUCGUGCGGCCGUUGGGUGAUCUUUUCUUUGCCCGCAGUGGUGACAAAGGAGGCAACGCAAAUGUUGGCUUCUGGGUACGCUCAGAGAAGGCCUACCCUUGGGCAAGAAAUUUUCUGACUUCUACCAAGCUGGUCGAGCUGCUUGCAGAUGAUUGGGAUGACAGGUAUACUAUUGAGCGAUGCGAGUUCCCUCAUUUACGGGCGGUACACUUCGUCAUCAAAGGCAUCCUGCAAGAAGGCGUCAGCAGUAGUAGUGUCUUGGAUGGAUUUGGGAAGAGUAUAGGGGAGUUUUUGAGGGCAAGGAAGGCCGAGUUGCCCGUGGAUCUAGUACAGGAUGAGAACAACAGGAGGAAUUUAGUGGGGGAUGAAUCUCUAUGCGGCAUCAUCCUUCUGGGCCUCGUCACGUUCUACCACCUGCUCCUGCUCAAUAUCACGCUUCACCUCAACAGACUCCUCCUCAGCACGCUUGGCCUGGUCCAUCUCCUCGCGCUUGGCAAACUCCUCCUCCUCGCGCUUGACGAAGUCGGACUCCUCACGCUUCUCGGGCGCCUCCUCGCGCUCAAACAGCUCGUCGUCGAACUCACGCUCAAAGAGAUCAUCUUCAUCGCGCUCGUAAAGCUCGUCGUCAAACUCGCGCUCAAACAACUCAUCGUCGAACUCACGCUCGUACAGCUCAUCGUCAAACUCGCGCUCAUACAAGUAGUCCUCGUCAAAAUCGCGCUCAAAAAGGUCCUCAUCGAACUCAUCACGCUCGAAGAGAUCCUCCUCGUAGUCACGCUCCCAGAGGUCAUCUUCAUCGCGCUCGUACAGAUCCUCAUCAUCUCGCUCAAACAGCUCAUCAUCGAAGUCGCGCUCAUACAAGUAGUCCUCGUCAAAGUCGCGCUCGUACAGCUCGUCAUCGAAAUCGCGCUCAAAAAGCUCGUCAUCGAAGUCACGCUCAUACAGAUCCUCUUCAUCACGCUCGAACAGCUCGUCGUCGAAGUCACGCUCGAAGAGUUCGUCGUCGAAGUCACGCUCGAAGAGUUCGUCGUCGAAGUCACGCUCGUAAAGCUCGUCAUCGAAGUCGCGCUCGUAAAGCUCGUCAUCGAAGUCUCGCUCAUAGAGUUCGUCAUCGAAGUCGCGCUCGUAAAGCUCGUCAUCGAAGUCACGUUCGAACAGCUCAUCGUCGAAGUCACGCUCGUAGAGCUCAUCAUCGAAGUCUCGCUCGUAGAGUUCGUCAUCGAAGUCACGUUCGUAGAGCUCAUCGUCGAAGUCGCGCUCGUAGAGUUCAUCUUCAAAAUCGCGUUCGUAGAGCUCGUCGUCGAAGUCUCGCUCAUAGAGUUCAUCAUCGAAGACGCGCUCGAAAAGCUCGUCAUCGAAGUCACGUUCGUAGAGCUCAUCGUCGAAAUCACGUUCGAACAGUUCGUCAUCGAAGUCUCGCUCAUAGAGCUCAUCGUCGAAGUCGCGAGCAUACAGGUAGUCCUCAUCGUCGAAGUCACGCUCCUCGAGGUCAUCCUCAAGGGCACGGGCAAACACGUCCUCGACGGCCUCGAGAACUUCACGCUCGUAAAGAUCCUCAUCACGGGUGUAAAGACCAUACUCUUCCUCCUCGAAGGCACGGCGUUCAAGUUCGCCACGGACAGCCUCGAGGACAUCACGCUGGUCACGCUCGUAGAGCUCGUCGUCAAAGUCGCGCUCAUAGAGUUCAUCAUCGAAGUCUCGCUCAUCGAGCUCAUCAUCAAAGUCGCGAGCAUACAGAUCGUCCUCAUCGAAGUCACGAGCGUAGAGCUCAUCGUCGAAAUCGCGCUCGUACAGCUCAUCAUCGAAGUCUCGCUCAUAGAGCUCGUCAUCGAAAUCGCGUUCGUACAGAUAGUCCUCAUCGAAGUCACGAGUGUAGAGCUCGUCGUCGAAGUCGCGCUCGUAGAGUUCAUCAUCGAAAUCACGUUCGUAGAGGUAGUCCUCGUCGAAGUCACGAGCGUAAAGAUCAUCCUCGAAAUCGCGCUCAUAGAGCUCAUCAUCGAAGUCGCGCUCGUAAAGAUCGUCUUCAUAGAAGUCACGCUCCUCAAGAUCAUCGUAGAAAUCACGUUCCUCAAGCUCGUCAUCAAAGUCGCGCUCGUAGAGAUCGUAUUCGUCGAAGUCACGCUCCUCAAGCUCAUCGUCGAAGUCGCGCUCGUAAAGAUCGUCUUCAUAGAAGUCACGCUCCUCAAGAUCAUCGUAGAAAUCACGUUCCUCAAGCUCAUCGUCGAAGUCGCGCUCGUAAAGCUCAUCGUCGAAGUCGCGCUCAUAGAGAUCAUAUUCGUCGAAGUCACGCUCCUCAAGCUCGUCAUCAAAGUCGCGCUCGAAAAGCUCAUCGUCGAAAUCGCGCUCGUAGAGGUAGUCCUCAUCAAAGUCACGCUCGUAAAGCUCGUCGUCGAAGUCACGCUCAAAGAGGUCAUCCUCGUAAGAGCGACGGGCAAGCUCAUCCUUGAUGGAGUCAAUCAGGAACUCGCGCUUGGCAAUGUAGGCCUCCUCGUCGUCAAAGUCACGCUCGAAGAGGAGGUCAUCCUCAUCGAGGGAUCGGAGGGCGAGUUCUUCCUUGACCUGGUCGAGGAAAUCACGCUCAAACAGCUCAUCGUCAAAGUCGCGGACGUAGACAUCCUCGUCGUAGUCACGCUCGUACAGUUCGUCGUCGAAGUCACGCUCAAAGAGAAGCUCCUCAUCGUCAAAGUCGCGCUCAAAGAGGUCAUCCUCGUCGAAGUAACGUUCAAAAAGCUCAUCGUCGAAUUCACGCUCAAAGAGAAGAUCCUCAUCAUCGAAGUCGCGCUCAAAGAGCUCGUCAUCGAAGUCACGUUCAUCCAGAUCAUCUUCUUCACCGCGCUCGGCAAGUUCCACAGCUUCCUCGGUGCGUUCCUCAAUAUCCCGCUUAACGUUGGACAUCCAGCCGGCGAUAUCUCGCUUAGUAAAACCAGUGUUCUCCUUGUCCUCUUCACUGCGCUCGUCCACGAACAUGGACUCGGAGGUCAUUCUCUUGCUCAGUUCUUCCUUGAUAGCGUCUCGGAGAACCUCCAGCUCGCGCUUGUCGUAUCCGUAGCAGACCUCGCCGGCGGCCUCGCAUCCACCACGUGGAGCGAGGUAUUCACGGGGCUCGACGGGAGCAUCGCGCUUGGCCAGGUCGCCCUCCUCAACCUCAGAUCGAGGAAUGCCGGGGCAGGCCUCGAGAGUGCCGGUGCAUGA